CAUAAACACAGUCGGCUCGACUUUCUGCCGGGAAUCUAACAGACCUUAUCUCGACGCUACUGUUCAUCUCUUUCUCUCUCUAUAAUCUUUUCACAAACCCUAAUUUCAUGAUUGAUGGAAACUUGAAUCGCCACUCGCGACCGAGGAUGUCCAUGUUUUUCUCUUCCGUUUCCUUUCUCUGAACCUUUGAGUGUACAACAUAGCAUGGGAUCAACAUGUUGUACUGCUAGAAAGAAUGAGAAUCUGUCCAGCAGAACUGCAGGGGACGUCUUGCAUAGAAAUACUAUAUAUUCACCAUCAUGGAGCUUCAGACGGGAUAAUCGAAGGCGUGUGGCUGGUGAAAUUGAAAACAUCUCAUAUGCGCUAUCUCCUGGAUUUAGCGGACAUAGUAGUACAGAGAUUAAAGGGGAAUUAUCCCUUGAAAGAGGGAGUUUUGCAAGUGGAAGGAGUCCCCUAAGAAUUACAGUGUCUCCAAAGUCUCCAAUUCAUGAAGAACUGGUGGAGGGACAUCUUGAAGCUUCUUCAGAUAUAACAAAUACCAACCAUGGAAAUAUAGAGGACAAUAGCUUCAAAGAACGAAAAGAAUCACAUGGAGUUAGCGAUUCAUCUGAACCAAAGAUUCCAGUUAAUGAAAACCCAUCAAGCUCAACCCAACCAAGGCAAAUCACGGACAGUAACAAUGGCUUGAUCUUAGGAAGUGAGUCCCACGGAGGUUCAUCCGACGGUUGGUCCAUGAGAACCUUCACCGAACUAGUGGCAUCUUCCCGAAGAGAAAGAUUGUCGUUUGAAAGCGACCUUUCGCGUUCUCCCUCCAAUAUCAUCGAUGUACGAAACUGCGGAAUUUGCUCAAAACUUUUGGCGGAGAAAAUGAUUGUGGCGGUUCUGGCUUGCGGGCAUGUAUACCAUGGCGACUGUCUUGAGAAGAUGACGCAAGAAGAGGAACAGUGUGACCCGUCUUGUCCGAUUUGUCUGUUUGGUCCGAAACAAUUGGUGAAGAUGACUAGAAAGAUUCGAAUAGCCGAAGAAGAAAUGAAAUCGAGAAGGAACAAGAUAUUCUCAUCUGGUUGUAGUCAAGUUAAAGAUAGUAACGAUGUUCGAAGUAAGAAGGCUAAGACGGAAAUGGGUGGUAGGGUGCCUUUUUUGAGGCGACAUUUCUCGUGGGGAAGUAGAUCGAUGUCGUUGGAGAAUAAGAACUAUGAUAGGAAAGGGUUUUGGUCUAGAUUUCAUUAGUAUUAUUAGAUUUCUAGCAAGGGGUUGAAUUUAAAUCGAAAUUUUGAGAAAUUUGAAUGGAUUGGCAAUUGGAACAUGAUCAUCUUGAAAAUGGUAUUAAAGGUUUUUUUUUCUUAUGUUAGUU